AUACUUGGUACAGUGUCACCCGUGUAUCUGUCAUAAUAAACUUCAAGGUCAGGAACACCCACUCUGCAGGCAGGGAUGGGGGUGGGGGGUCGCUGACAGCCCUCACACCUCACCAUCCUCCCUAUGGUGGAAUGCACAGGCUGGAGGAUCAGAUGCUCGGGGCUGCGGAGUGGUGCAGGCUACUACUGUGCAUGACUGCAGCUCAGCUGCCGCAUUCAUGCUGAAGGAGCUCAGAGCUGGAGGGCUCAGCAGCGGCGGCGGCGGCGGCGGCUCGGAGACUUCACCCCCUGCCUCCUCAUCCUCCUCACCGCAGCUGGCACACACCGGGCGCCCGCUCUGAUCCAGGAGGGCACCAUGCCCCCGCAGACCCUCACCCGGGACCGCUCCUCUCUGCUGCGCUGGGACGAGGUGCCCGAUGACUUCGUGGAGUGCUUCAUCCUGUCCGGGUACCGGCGGCUGCACCUGACCGCCCAGGAGUGCCUGGCAUCCAUCUUCCAGCCCACCAACGAGACCCUGAACUUCUGGACGCACUUCAUCCCCUUGGUGCUGUUCGCCAGCCGCUUCUACCAGGUGAUCUUCCUGUCCGGAGAGCUGCCCUGGCACCACCCUGCGCUGCUGCCACUCUGGUGCUACGCCUCGGGGGUACUGCUGACAUUUGCCAUGAGCUGCACUGCCCAUGUGUUCAGCUGCCGCUCCCUGCGCCUGCGUGCCGCCUUCUUCUUCCUGGACUAUGCCUCCAUCAGCUACUAUGGCUUUGCCAGCACCCUGGCAUACUCCUACUAUCUGCUGCCCAGGCUGAGCCUGCUGGACCCGGGGGUGAUGACCCCGUACCUGCAGAGCCGGGGCUGGCACUGGGUGGACUAUGGCAUGCUGAUGGGGCUGUACAGCGAGCUGGUGCUGCCCAUAGCCUUUGUGCUGGCGGUGACGUGCACGGUGGCAUGCUGCAAGAGCAGAUCCGAGGACUGCUCCUACCCCUUUGCCAUCCGCACUUUUGUCUUCGCCAUGCCCCUCAGCAUGGCAUGCCCGGUGAUGAUCGAGAGCCUGCUGUUUGACCUGGGCAGGAACAACCCCAUUCUCUUCGUGCACUUCUACAGGAGGUACUUCUGGCUGCUGGUGGCCGCCUUCUUCAAUGUCAGCAAGAUCCCCGAAAGGAUCCAGCCCGGGCUCUUUGACAUCAUUGGGCACAGCCACCAGCUCUUCCACAUCUUCACCUUCCUCAGUAUUUAUGACCAGAUGCACUAUGUGGAGCAGGGGCUGGAGCACUUCCUGAAGGCUCCUCACACCUCACCUACCAUCCAGGGCACAGUAGGGUACCUGGUGCUGCUCAUCAUCUGCCUGGGCUUGGUAGUAAGGACCUAUCUGAAGGGACUGUCCACCACCAAACAGGACUAAUGU